AUGGAAUCUGAAGCUCGAGAUUCGACAUCAAAUGUCAUUCAGACGUCUCGGAAAUCAUUGUAUAUGAUUUUUAAAGAGAGUCCUGCUAAAAACUUAGAUGAUAAAGUAUCAUUUAUGGAAAAUAAGCUUCGAGAAAUGAUGAAAUGUCCCCGGAACGAGUUUCAAACCUUAGGUCACGAUUUAAGACAUUUUAAAUCAGAUUUAAAAAAGAGAUGGGUAUCGUGCAAUUAUAUUGAAGACAGAUUUAUGAAAAAGAACGAAAGAUGGCUUAGUAAUUCAAUACCAGUACAUACAUGGAAGCAAAACACCAAGCCAGGGCGCCCAAGCAAGGACUUCCAAGAAUUGACUGAUCGCAGUAAAAGACGGAAAACAAAACAACUUCGAAAUGCUGCGGCUUCGAAACUUAUAAAAGAUGCAACAUCUUCACCAACAAGAGCGAAGCGGUACAGAAAAGUAAUAAAUACUACUCUAGAACCAAAAAUAAAAAAGUACACACCUGAUGAAGCUUUGCGCAUUUUUAUCGAAGGUGGCUUUACAAGGAAACAAUGGGAGUUACUGCACAAAUCAACUAAAGGUAUAUUCCCUUGUUAUACCCUUAUUAGAGAAGCAAAGAAACUCUGCUAUCCAAAACCAGAGGCAAUUCAAGUAACGGAGACUUGUGUAGAAGUUGUGCUCCAAGACUUACUGGAUCACACAGCUAAGAGACUUUGUCUUUAUCUUGAAGAUGUACUCCAAAACUGUACAACAAAAGAAUUGAAAAAUCUGGAGCUCAUUUCAAAAUGGGGUUGUGAUGGCUCUCAUCAAACUCCCUACCAACAAAAGUUUUUAGACAGCUCUCAUGAUGACUCUCAUAUAUUUCAAAGUUCAUUGGUACCCUUGAGAUUACAGUCACAUAUCGGAAACAAAAUGAAGACUUUAUGGCAAAAUCCGACACCAUCAUCUACUCGGUUUUGUCGGCCAAUCCGGAUUCGAUUUCUCCACGAAACAGUAGAUAUAACAAAUGAUGAAAUAAAAUAUGUAGAAGACCAAACCAAACAACUAGUAAGAACUGAAAUAGAAAAUCAUUAUAGAGGCACUUUCGUGCGACAUACAUUACUCCCGACCAUGGUUGAUGCAAAAAUUUGCAACGCAGCUACUUCCACGUCAUCCACUAUGAGAUGUUACAUAUGUGGCAAAACUUCCAAAGCUUUUAAUGAUCUCGAAAAUUUAAAUGCAGAGGAUCCUCAAUCAUUAAGAUUCGGAUUACUGCUGCUCACAUCAGAUCCAUUUAUAAGUUGUUUACGGAAACUUAACCCGAGCAAAAGCCAGCCUUUCAUGAGAGAAACUAUUGAGUUGUUCGAGCCGGAAGAACUGGAUUCAGAAGUAGACCAAUUAACAAGUCUUGCUUACUCUGAUGAAUCAGACUAA